CCAGCCAGCUCCGUCUACAGGCAGCCAGCCGCUCACCGUCCUGCUGCUGCGCGGAGUCCCGUGUUUUCGCUCUGAGCCCCGGCGUCGUUUACACCGCGUCUGCGAGGAUCUCCGAGGGACCGGCAAGCUAGUUGGGUCGUGUCUCUUAUUUAGGGGGGGACAUUCGGCUUUGACUUUGCGAGAUUUUGUUCUCCAAUUGCCCUUCAAGACAUAUGGAGAAAAUGGCCAGACCUCUUCCUAUAAACGCAACUUUCCUGCCGCCGACUCACGGCGUGCUGAAAUCCCUGCUGGAAAACCCGCUAAAGCUGCCUUUCCAUCACGAUGAAGGAUUUGGGAAGGACCAGGAGAAAGAGAAGAAGCUGGACGAUGAGAGCAGCACAGCCAACCACCCGCAGUCGGCCUUCCUCGGCCCGACCCUGUGGGAUAAGACGCUGCCGUACGAUGGGGACAACUUCCAGCUGGAGUACAUGGACCUGGAGGAGUUCCUGUCGGAGAACGGCAUCCCCGCCAACACAGCCCAGGGCGAGCAGGCCCUGCAGGCAGCACGGAGCGCUCGGGCAUCUCCGCCUGCACCCCCCCCCACACCUUCACCCAGCGUGGUGGACCUCAGCAGCCGCGCCACCACCUCGGUUCACACCACCAUGGCUCCUCAGACCUGCCUCCACAGCCCCGGCUCAGCAGCCCGGGACACCUCCAGCCCCAUCGACCCAGAGUCCAUCCAGGUGCCCAUCUCCUACGAGCCGGACCCCCAGGACCUGGCUCUGUCCAGCGUGCCCGGACAGGAGAUGUUCGACCCCAGGAAACGCAAAUUCUCCGCUGAGGAGCUGAAGCCGCAGCCCAUGAUCAAAAAAGCCCGCAAGGUGUUCAUCCCAGAAGACCUGAAGGUGAGCUGCUGCUCUGUCGGGGGGGGGGGAAGACAAGCUGCAAACUAAAUGAUAAAAGGCUCA